AUGGAGCAACAAAGUUCUCUCUACGCACCACCUGGGAGCCAGCGCUGCACUCCCACCGCGGCCGCUGCUAUCUUGCUUCAGGAGCUGCGUGUCGAGUGCAACUCGAUGGGCGAUGAGCAGCGCGCCUGGCUGGCGGUCCACUUCGUCACCUGCCAGCAGCGUACCACACGGGACACGCCGUUCACCUGCAACCGCAGCCGCGGCAUCAAGGCCUGCCUGUCAAGCAUGGAUGCAAGGACCAACACUGAGUACGCAGUGUUCCUUGGCAACGUGCACAGCAUGUGCCUGUUCCUCCAGAACCAGCGGUUCCAGGAGCUCACGGCCCGCAUGGUGAACGACAUGGCCGCCGGCAGCCGCGCCGCAAACGCGACGCUUGCCGCCAUCAGCAGGCAGCUGGAGGACCAGCAGGAGCGCCUGGAGGGGGCGCAGACGCAGCUUGGGCGGCUGCAGGAGCUUCAGGAGGAGACGUACACGCAGGCGGCCAAGGGGGCAGAAGGCGUUGAUGCGCUCAUCUCGCGCACAGAGGACCUGUCAAAGGCCAUGGCCCAGUCGCUGCAGCUGUCGGACGACAUCAUCAGCCUGCAGGGCGCGGCUGUGGUGGGCCUCGACAACUUGGUCGAGCGCCACGCCGCCCACACGCGCGACGCGGAGGCGCAGUGGGAGGCGCUGGCGCAGGGGGGCCGGGCGCUGGCCGAGCGUCGACAUUAA